AUGGCAGAACCAAUCAUCGGCGAUAAAGCACUCCAUCAAAUUGCAGACGCAUUCAAAACUCUCGCUAACACUGUCUCCGAUUCGGAAACCUCAGAUGUUGAAGUUGCAUCCUUCUCUCGUGCCUGCUCUCUUAUCUCUCCUCUCUUUGGUUCCUUAGGCAUCGCCUUCAAGUUCGCUGAAAAGGAUUACGUUGCCAAGGUUAAUGAUCUAGCCGAGGCAUCAAAGUCCAUUCAGACGUUAAAUUCAUUGAUUGAUCGGGAUAUACAAGCCAAAUCUGUCAAGAAUGCAGGCAGCUGUACUAGAAAUCUAUUGAGAGUAAAACGCGGGCUUGACAUGGUCAGAGUACUUUUUCAGCAAAUGAUAGUUACUGAGGGAAAUUCCCUUAAGGAUCCGGCUUCAAAGGCUUACGAACAAGCGCUUGCGCCUUAUCAUGGUUGGGCUAUCAGGAAGGCUGUUUCUGCUGGGAUGUAUGUUCUUCCUACUAGGGAACAGCUUUUGAAGAAACUCAACGAGGACGACGCAUCUGCGAAAGUCCAAAUGCAAAUUUAUGCAUCAGCAUCCGAAGCUAUAAUCAAAUACAUUGAUAAACUCUUUGUUUCCAGAAACUUAGGAACAGAUUGGUGA